CUAUCGGUACUCUAGUACAUCGUACAUCCAACAAAAUCGGUCCUCAUACUCACGUCGCCAGUUGCAGCAUCGGCACCCGCACGAUAUCUUUCCUCUCCCUCAACAGCAGCCAAGGAUCCAAGCACUCUAAUAGCACGGCAAGAUGACCACCAUUCCCAACAUCCUGAGUGACAAUUCGUACCAAAUUGAAGCGGAAGAAGCCGAGAAGAAACUUCGCCAGAAAGAGCCACUUGUCCUCCAUGAGUCCGAACGCGUUCUGUUGGCGUACAAAUCGGCUGGGGAUCCACGAGACAAAUCAUAUCUGACAUCGCAUCGUAUUCUUAUUAAAGAUGGGAAAGGGAUUGGACACAAACGCAAAAAUUUCGAAUCCAUCCCAUACUCGGCAAUUCAAGCCUUUUCGGUCGAAACGGCUGGAGGCGGAUGGGACAACGAUACCGAACUCCGCAUAUACACUCGCUCCAACAACUCUGUCUAUGUGGAGUUUGGCAAGAAAUCCGUUGAUAUCUUUGCAGUGAAACAGUUCCUGAAUAGGAAGUGUCUUUCCGACAAAGCGACCCAAGGCACUCAAGAUGCCAUUAUUUCCGACCUCAGCAGCGUCCCUAAUGCCAGUUCCGUAGCGGAAUGGUUAAGCAGUGAUGCCAAGCAAAUCACCCCUGCUGAUAUGGAAGACAAACUCAAGAACCAGUAUCCUGUGUUGAUGCCAGAUGAAACAGUCGAACUGGCUUACAAAACCUGGCGCGAUUAUACCGUACUGACUUCCAGACGCAUUUUGAUCAUUGAUGUGAAAGGUUGGUCCGGCAAGAGGAUCGAUUUCCUCUCGAUCCCAUGGGAAAAUGUCUGUGGCUAUGCUAUAGAGACGGCUGGAUCCUGGGAUUCAGAUUCAGAAAUGCGGAUCUUUACUGAUUGUCACGGAAUCCAGGAGAUAAGUCAAGACUUCAGAAAGAGCAAGGUCAAUUUAUGGGCCAUUCAGACCUGUCUCGACAAUCAUGUGUUGGGAAGAGACGAAAGUAUCCUGCAAGAAGUUGAUCAGAAGGAGGGUCACAUUGACCCGUCCGCCAGUUGGUUGGAACGUGGCAAGAAUCGACCUUUGGAUGCAGUCGAAAUGGACCGAGUGUUCAAGAGUUCCCCUCCCAUUCUUCAGUCCUCCGAAGUAGUCGAAAUGGCAUUUAAGGGUAGGCGAGACAUCUUCCUCUUCACGACAAAACGAUGCCUCAAAAUUGACACCAAAGGGUGGUCUGGGAAAAAGGUUGAGUACAGCACUCUUCCGUGGAAAUCUGUGGUUGCAUUUGCCGCUGAAACAGCCGGUCAAACGCUUGACAAUGACUCGGAAAUUCGACUGUGGACGGAAAUGAAAUUCAAAGGUGUGGGCGAUGACAAAGAACCAUACAUGGCCAUGUGGGAUUUGGAUUUUAACAAGGAUUUGGUUGACAUUAUUGCUGUCAAGCAGUACAUCUCCAAACGAUGCCUACAUGCCCAUGAUGCUCUUCAGGAUCUGGUGCCUCUCCACCCCAACAUCAGCAACACGUCCGACUCAGAGAAGGGGUUUGACAAGUUCAUGUCCAAGAUGGGUGAUGAUCAACGGGCGAUAGACCCUACAGAACUCAAUGCUAUUCUUCACACAGAAAUACCCGUGCUGUUGGACAACGAGAACAUUGUCCUGGCGUUCAAGGUGGGUCGUGAUGCCACCCUUUUCACGAAUCUUCGUGUCAUGAUUAUGGAUGUGCAAGGCUGGAGUGGCAAAAAGGUGGAGUACAAGAGCAUCCCUUACAAAAGUAUUCGUGGAUUCUCUGCGGAGUCUGCGGGUAGCUGGGACCGAGAUUCUGAGAUCAAGCUGUACACCCGCAAUCUCUGGGAUUUGCAAAAGCUUAGUCUGGACUUUCGCAAGGGCAAAGUCGACAUUGUCAUGCUGCAAAAAUUCUUGUCCUCGAUCUUGUUGGGGACAAAAGAAGAUGCUGCUCGAUACUUUGAAACCUCGGGGUCGUUUGGUUCAUUGGAACCGAAGGCUCCAGAUAUGGACAGCUUUACAUCGUGGCUCACCAGCAACUCGGUGGAGAUUGAUGCCGACAUUGUGUCUCACCAGCUCCACAGCGACCCUUCCAUUCUCUUGGAUGACGAGCGCGUGGAAAGAGCUUACAAGUGUGGCCGUGACAUGUUCGUGUACACAACUCUUCGACUCCUUAGGGUCGAUGUACAAGGUCUCAGUGGAAACAAAGUCCAAUACAAGUCAAUUCCGAUGAAAUGGGUCCACAGUUUUGAGGUGGAGACUGCAGGCCACCUGGAUAAUGAUGCAGAAGUUUAUAUUCAGACGAGCAUCCCUGGAAUGCAGCGAGUUCAACAAGAUAUUCUGGUCAAGGCUGGCGAUGUCAUGCAGAUGCAUAUGUACCUGACCAACAAGCUUUUGUUUCCACCAAACUGAGGCCGGCCCUUUCAAUGCUAGGGUACUGACAUGAUUGUACUGUCUGUAGCUACCGUUAUUAGAGAACUAGCUUAUUAUAGAAAUCGAACUGCU